AUGGAGUAUCACGUCUUCAAGCAAGUCAUCCAGACGGUCUUGACCGCUAUCUUGAUCCUCUUGGGCGCCAUGGUCUUCGCCGAGAUCAUUCCCGCCGUGAUCGGCAACAAAACUGCUCGUCAGGCUGCAAAGAAGAUUCAGGAGCUUGAAAAGAAAGUCGCCAACUUGAUGACCGACGUCGAAGAUGCCAAGAAGUCCAAGGAGAAAAUCGCCAAGCUCACGAAGAAGCUCGAAGCCGCUGAGGAGAAGUCACAGGCGAUGACUGAAACGCUUUUCGCGGAGUGCGAAGCCGCUGAGAAGUCUCAGCUGGAGAUCGUCGACUUGAUGAACGAGCUCGACGCCGCCCGCAACUUCGCCGCCACAACCCUCGACAAAGCCUUUCAAACCAACCAGGAGGCCCGCGAGAAGAGUGUGGAGAUUCUGAAGGCCUUGGCCGAGAGAAUUGGCCUGUUCGAGAAGAUUGCUGAGCUCAGCAACAGCUCUAUGAAGCAGCACUUUGAGCAGGUCCGCACGUACAGCAACUUCGGCUUGGAGAAUUGGGGCGAGGGAAUGAAGGCUAUACAGGAAUGCAUCAAGCUCGAUUAUGGCCGUAUCAAGCUUCUCGACGAGGCGACUGCCGUGGAGCACGCCAUGCAAGCCUCCCCGGACGAGAUGGACGAGGCGGCGAAGAAGAAGGCUCCCUCUUCUGCUUAG